AUGUUUGUAAUCCCAGCUGCCACAAUUAUCAUCUCCGUCCUGGUGGCGCUGCUACUCGUAGCGCUCUUCGCGCUCGGCAUCAAGAUGCUGCUCGACCGAUCGAGAGCAGCCCGGUUGGAAGACACCGACGCACCCGCAAAGCCCACCACCGUUAUCACCACCACCCGCAACCUCAGCAGCGGAAGGAUGAAGCCCCGGCAAGGCGCGGUCCACGUGGUCGGCGGAACCGACGACGACGACGACGCGGAAAUCCCGCGCGCGCGGGCGGAGAAGUGGUCGCUGGCGGACGUGGCGGAAGCCACGGCGCAGUUCGCGCAGGAGCGCGUGAUCGAAGCGGAGGGCCAGAGCGUGGUGCUGCGCGGGAGCGCGCGCGACGGGCGGGACGUGGCGGUCAAGCGGUGCAAGCAGCCGCAGCCCGAGACCCAGGCGCUGUUCCUCAGAGAGGUGAUGCUAAUCACGAGUCUGCGCCAUCCCAACCUGCUGCCCCUCGUGGGCUACUGCGACGAGGGCAGCGAGCAGAUACUCAUAUUCGAGCACAUGCAGCACGGCUCGCUCGCUUCCUGGUUGCGCCCGCCUGCAGAUGCCGCUGUGUCCCGGCCGCCACUCACGUUUGAGCAGCGCGUGAGGAUCGCUGCUGACGUGGCACGCGCUGUGGAAUUCCUGCACUCGCAGCCCAAGCCCGUCGUGCACCGUGACAUCAAGACUGAGACCAUCCUGCUGGAUGAGAAUUUCAAUGCAAAGCUGGGAGGGCUGGGAACACGCAAGCACCUGCCGGGGGAGUCGAGCCGAGUGCGCGUGCAGCGGAGGAAGGGGUACCUGGAUCCUGAAUACUGCCAAACCUUCUUCGUCACUACCAAGGCCGAGAUCUUUGCAGUUGGAGUUGUCAUCCUUGAGCUUAUAACGGGUCGACCACCAGUGGUGGAAGAAGAGCCCCAAAAGCCUCCCCUCGAGCUGGCAGGGCGGCACGGAGAUCCCGAGGCUCGUCGCUGGGCGGCGGAGAGUCCGAAGCAGCGCACGACCACCCGCAUUUCAGCUGUCGCCACAACAGCAGCCGCCGCACCACCAGCCAUCGCAUCAGCAGUCGCCAUAUCAGCAGGUGCCACAUCAGCCACCGCCACAUCAGCAGCCUCAAUAUCAGCAGCCGCCACAUCAGCAGCCGCAGCAGGAAGCGGUCCCGCAGCAGGAGCUACUAACGGGUUCAGCAGGGAGGGGAAGCUUGGGGAGGGGGGAUUCGGGAGCGUGCACAAGGGGAGGGUGCAUGUCGGUGGAGGGAAGAUAGAGGAAGUUGCUGUGAAGGCGCUGAACCAGGAGGGUUACCAGGGCGAGGCGGAGUGGGUGACCGAAGUGAGGUACCUAGGAGCACUGGGGCACCCCAACCUGGUGCGGCUGGUGGGGUACUGCAUGGAGGGCGAGCAGCGGCUGCUGGCAUAUGAGCUGAUGGAGUAUGGCAGCCUCGAACGGUACCUCUUCAGACGCAACGUCACGCCCCUCCCAUGGAACAUCCGCAUGAAGGUAGCUCUGCAUGCUGCCAGGGGGCUGGCUUACCUGCAUGAGGAGACGGAGGCGCAGGUCAUCUACCGUGAUUUCAAGGCAUCAAACAUUCUUGUCGACAGGGAGUUCAACGCGAAGCUGUCAGACUUUGGGCUGGCUAAGGACGGCCCGGUGGGCAGCGACACACAUGUGUCGACACGGGUCAUGGGCACAUACGGCUAUGCCGCCCCUGAGUACAUGCUCACAGGCCAUCUGACCGCCAAGUCUGACGUCUACAGUUUCGGCGUUGUCCUUCUAGAGAUCAUCUCCGGGCGGCGGGCAGUCGAGCGAAACUUUCCGCCCGGGCAGCAGAACAUCGUGGAGUGGUCCGCGCCGUUCUUUGCCGACCGUCGGAUGCUCGUGAAGAUCGUCGAUCAACGGCUGGAGAACCAGUUCUCUGUGAAAGGGGUGGUUAAAGCGGCCAGACUGGCUUAUAACUACUUCCCCCCACCGCUACCAGCACCAUCAGUACCAACAGCAUCGCCACCAGCAGCAGCAGCAGCAGCAGCAGCAGCAGCAGCAGCAGCAGCAGCAGCAGCAGAGGCUGGCAUAUGA